GCCACCAGGUGCGGGUAGCGAGGGAUUGCGAGCGGAGCGGGAUAUCCGGCGAAGCCUGCGGCAGCCAUGGCGCUGGUGAAGAGCGGUUGGCUUUGGCGGCAGAGCUCCAUCCUGCGCCGCUGGAAGAGGAACUGGUUUGUCCUCUACCUGGACGGCAGCCUGGUUUACUACCACGAUGAGACGCAGCGGGACAUGGACGGGCGGAUCCACAUCAAGUACAGCUGCCGGGACGUGCGGAUCGGCCGCGAGUGCAAAGACGUGCAGCCCCCCGAGGGGAGGAGCCGGGACUGCCUGCUGACCGUGGUGCUGCGGGACGGCUCCAAGACCACGCUGUGCGCCGAGAGCGAGGACGACGCCGUUGCUUGGAAGAUGGCUGUGCUGGAGGCUAAAUCCACCCCGGUGCACGUGUACGACCCCUACGACGACGACUACUACCAGACGGUGCCCCUGGACUCCCACCAGGCCGCCUACAUCAGCUCCGGCCACUAUGGCCACCAGUACGGAGCUCCGGGCGUGACCCACGUCAUCGUGCGGGAGGAUCCCUACCGCGUCUCCGGGGACCAGAUGGCGCUGGGGCUGCUGGCGGGGGCCGCCACCGGCGCCGCCCUGGGCUCCUUCAUGUGGAUGCCCUGCUGGUUUUAGCGGCCACUGCCCCCCUCUGCUCCCCAGCCCUGGCUUGGAACCUGCCCUGAGCCCCCUCAGCCUCCCCAAAACACCCUGGGGACACGGCCCCGCACACGCCCCGCUCCCAGCCCCAGCUUCUGCAUUAAAUAACCCCGAGUGCUUCAGAGCCCCCCAGACCCACUCCAGAACCCCACUGCACCCCAUUCCCAUCGGCAAAGGGCCCGGGCAGCUGCCGGGGCUGUUGGCAGAGCUUCCCCAACCCAAAUCUCCACAGGGAGCUGGCUGCAGAAACACCAGGUUUGGGAGCAAGGGGGACUUAUUCAAUUUGGGGGGAAGUGGUUGGAUCUUUUUGGGCUGGGAGAACCCCAAAGUGCAGGGCUUUUUUUGGGAGAGGCUCCAGCACCGGAGCAGGAGUUGAGAUGGGGGCAACCACAGGGAUGCUGAAGAGGUGGGUGAAAGAUUAAGGAGGAUGAAAACCUUUGCAGGAUUUCCACCCCUUUCCGAAUUGCACUGGUCCCCCAAGCCUGGCCAGGUUAGAGAAAUGGUGCAAAACCCUCAGGAAUUGGACUUAAGCCCUUGGGAACUAGGCUGAGAAGAGUCCAGGGAAUAUCCCAACCUCUCCAGCCAAGCUGGGAGGGAGGGACACAUAGCAUCCUCAGUUUCAUCCUGAUUUUUGGGAGGGGGAGAAGGGCAGCUCUCCAUGGGGAGCAGGGAGCCUUUCUGGCAGCCAAGCCAGGAUCUUCACAGCAGGGAUUUGGGAUGGAGGGGGGACACAUGAUCAGGCCAGGGGACAAGCAGCAGCUCAGGGUUUUGGUUGGGCAAUGGAAGAGGUGAGGAACAGCUGCCAAGUGUCACCCCUAGAGCCAGGAUGGUAUCCUGGAACCACGACUGACAUUGAAUUUAGGAAUUACAAACCCCACAGCUGGCUAGAAAACCACCAGUGACACCAGCACCCCAGCCUGCUCCUGCCUGUAGAGCCCCGGGUCAGUUCAUCCCUGUGCCCAUCAGGGGAUUGGGAUAUCCCAACACAGCAUCCUCAUCCUCUCCUGCAUUCCCUGCCUCCCUCCCUGCUGCGCACCCGCCCCUGGAAAGAGAAAAAACAAAUACAAAGAAACCUCUUUGAAGUCUAAUAAAGGCAGCGAGAAACCA